AUGCUUCAGUCAGGCAUCACGGCUCUUGCCUUCAUGGCAGUGGCAGCUGUCGCAGCUCCAGCUUCGACAGUCGGCGGUCCACCCGUCGUCUACCAGACCGCACCCAACGCUCCGUUGGUGACUGCUACAACCCUUGCUGCUCCCGCGGCCACUGCAGGCUCCAAGGUCAAGCGACAAGCUGCCACCUGCUACCCUCAGCCCUCCGGCAUCAGCCACAGAUCGACCCCAGACAACGCAGCCGCUUUCCGCAGUGAUUCAUACUAUGCGAAUGCCGCCAAUGCAGCCAAGACCCCCAUCGGCUUCAACUCUGUCUUCACCAACACUGGAGCCUCGCCAAACGCUGACCAAUACCUCGGCUACACCUUAAUGGAUACCUACGACGUCCAGACCUGCGCCAACAAGUGCAAUGCCAUCACCGGAUGCAAGUCGUUCAACGUCUACUUCGAGCGAGACCCAUCUGUCGAUCCCAACGACGCCUCCUGCCUCAACCCACCCAGCGUCACCAACAUCAAGUGUGUCUGGUGGGGCAGCACCAUCUCCACCCAGAACAACGUCAACACUGGCCAGUACCGUGGCCAAUUCGAAGUCGCAAUCGUAGGCUCCAACGGCUACACCGGUACCCCUACCCAGCGUGGCUUCCGCAUCAAGACCGGCAACAGCGGCACCGUCAUGGACAACCGCUGGCUCGCAGUCUCCCCCGGCGAAGGUGCCGCCGUAGCCCUUAACCCACAAGCCUACAAGGGCCAGACCUCGACCUUCCAAUUCGGCCCCAACGGCGAGCUCCUGCAGACCUACUACGCUACUGGCAUGGCUGGUGUUGCGCCAAACGUUCAGGGCAACUGGGACUUCCUGCAGUACAGGAAGGUUGGACAGACUGGUGUUGAUUACAUCAAGUGCUCGGCUGGUGACGGCGGUAAUGGCAGCUUGAUUGUUUGCCAGAGCAAGAGUGGAUUCCAGUAUGCUGGUGUCUGCCCUAACCGCAAGCAGUCGAUCAGUGGGCUUUUGCACUUUGGGCUGCCGAAGAAGACUCCAUCGGAUUGCCACUGGAUCGGUCUUUACAUCGAUACCGAUAUCUCGGGAUUGGCUUAG